AUGUCGCUGCAGAGCCCGCCGGCGGCCACGGCUGCCGCCGACCUCACUCCCGGCCCCGGCGCGGGGCUCCCGCCGGGCGCGGAGCUGAACCAGGGCAGCGCGGCGCCCCCGUCAGCCAAGGAGGGCGGCGAGGAUGAGGAAGACGAGGAGGAAGAAGGGGAGAAAGAAAAGGAGCGAGAGAAACUGCCGCCCAUCCCGUCGGCAUCCAGCGCGGCUGCCCGGGGAUUGGAGAGAGGAGCCAAAAAUCAGUUUUCCACUUUCAGCAAUUUCAUCACAACUAUCAACCAAAAGAAAGAAGGCAUCGGAAACAGAAAUUCACCUACGCAACUUGUUAUACCCAACAUCAAAAAUGUGAGAGACCUACCACCUAUUUGCCUCGAUGUACGACAAAAGCAGCGCAUCUCUAUAGAUACGUUACCACAAGAACUGAAAGCACCAAUUCCUCCUGAACCUUCCCUUCCCAUCCGAACCAAAACUGUGAAAGAUUUUCAGGAUGAUGUGGAAAAGGCUAAGUCAUCAGGAGAUUGGAAAGCUGUACAUGAUUUUUAUUCUACAACAUUUGAUUCUUUCCUGGAGAUAAAUGCUGCAUUUAAGAAAGAUACCAAUUCUCCAUUUAAUACCAUUGAGGACUCUGGAAUCAAUGCAAAAUUUGUGAAUGUUGUCUAUGAUGCCUUAUUAAAUACUCCUCAAGAUGUUCAGAAGUCAGUCCUAAAAGGAAUAAUUAAUGGUCUGCUACAAGAAUGGAAAGGGCCACGAACAAAAGAUGAUCUUAGAGCAUACUGUAUACUUUUGCAGAAUCCUCAAUUUAGUAACACUUCUACUUAUGUCAUCUAUGCUCACUUGCUAAGACAGAUAGCAGCCUUAACAGAAGCUGACCAUCAUUUCCUAGUGCACUGGUCUAAAAAGAUUUCACAGAGAAGGUUCAAGCAGCUGGUGGACAGGUUACUGCAAUUUAUUUCUUUACGUCUGUUUCCUGCAAAGCCUGAAGAGUUUCCACCUAUGGUGAAAUGUACCUGGUGGAUUCCAUCAGCAACCAAAGUCCUAGCUUUAUUUAGUGCUGCAAAUAGUCUGAUCAGUCCUCCUAUUAUUUCAUAUACUGAUUUCUAUAAUUCUACACUUGAUCAUAUUGAUCUUAUGGAAGAAUAUCAUAACUGGCAAUGUUAUGGAAAUUCUCACAGGUUUUCUUUCUGUCAAUACCCAUUUAUUAUUUCUAUAGCGGCAAAAAAAGUUAUUAUUCAAAGGGACUCAGAACAACAGAUGAUAAGUAUUGCACGGCAAAGCCUUGUGGAUAAAGUCUCUCGCAGACAGAAACCUGACAUGAAUAUGUUAUUCCUAAACGUGAAAGUGAGGAGGACGCACCUUGUUAGUGAUUCACUUGAUGAGCUAGCAAGGAAGAGGGCAGAUCUGAAAAAGAAGUUGAAAGUCACAUUUGUAGGGGAAGCUGGUCUUGAUAUGGGUGGCCUGACAAAAGAAUGGUUUCUUCUUCUGAUUCGACAGAUUUUUCACCCAGAUUACGGCAUGUUCACCUACCACAAGGACUCGCACUGCCAUUGGUUCAGCAGCUUUAAGUGCGAUAACUAUUCUGAAUUCCGAUUGGUUGGAGCUCUUAUGGGACUUGCUGUAUAUAAUAGCAUCACCUUGGAUAUUCGUUUCCCACCUUGCUGUUACAAGAAAUUAUUGAGUCCUCCCAUUGUUCCCUGUGAUCAUAACACACUUGUAGGCAUCUGUGAUGUUACAUUAGAUGACCUGUUUCAGAUUAUGCCAGAACUGGCCCAUGGACUAAGUGAACUUCUAUCCUAUGAAGGCAAUGUCGAAGAGGAUUUUUACUCAACCUUUCAGGUUUUUCAGGAAGAAUUUGGUGUUAUAAAAUCUUACAACUUAAAGCCAAAUGGAGAUAAAAUUCCAGUCACAAAUCAGAAUAGGAAAGAAUAUGUGCAGCUCUAUGUUGAUUUUCUUCUCAACAAAUCAAUCUACAAACAAUUUGCAGCUUUCUAUUAUGGAUUUCAUAGUGUUUGUGCUUCAUAUGCAUUACUGCUACUUCGUCCAGAAGAGGUUGAAAUUCUUGUCUGUGGCAGUCCUGAACUGGAUAUGUCCGCUUUACAGCGAAGUACCCAAUAUGAGGGCUACCAAAAAACUGAUCUUACUGUACGAUACUUUUGGGAUGUAGUACUUGGAUUUUCUCUUGACCUUCAAAAGAAACUGCUACAUUUUGCUACAGGAAGUGAUAGAGUACCUGUGGGAGGAAUGGCUGAUUUGAAUUUCAAGAUUUCAAAGAGUGAAACAUCCACUAAUUGGUUACCUGUGGCCCAUACCUGCUUCAACCAGCUUUGUCUCCCUCCUUACAAGAACAAGAAGGAACUGAAGCAAAAGUUGAUCAUUGGAAUUUCAAAUGCAGAGGGUUUUGGUCUAGAAUAAAAUGAAAUACUUCAAGAACAGCAUUUUUAUGUAGCAUUCACUCUCUUUUAAUUGUGCCUUUAAGCUUUUUGUUGUUAUGUCUCUUGAUACUGUGCCAGUCUUACUCAACUUAGAUUUCUUUUUUUUUAAUUAAAUAUGAAGUGUAUGGUUUUUUCCCUGAAUGGCAAUACAUUUACUGCUUGCUUUGUCACAGAAAGUAGCUUUCUUCAUACAAAAAGCUAGUCUAUUUGAUAAAUGAAACCCGACUAAGACAAUUUCUAAGUUAUAGUUUGUUUCUGUUUUUUCUUAAUAGCACUUUAUCAUUAAGCAUAAUUCCUUUACAUCGCAGGUAUCCCACUGGGAGAUAAUAUACAGAGUAUUUCUUUAUUAGCUAAUCCCAGUGGUAGAAUGUUUUCAAUUAACAUGAAUAAUAGGAAAAAAUAUAACGUACAGCAUGUAGCCAUAUUUUCACAAAGGCAAAUAGAAAUUUUAGUCUUUAUAAAAUGUAUGCAGUUUUAAUAUUCUGGUUUUCCUUCUCAAUGAAACAGGCUGUCUAAGAAGCAUGUAAAUAACUGCCUGUGAACAAAUAGGGUUUUGAUAGUGCUAUUUACUGCUAAAAAAUUAUUUUUUAUGAGUAAGAGGUUUCAGACAUUCUAUAUUCAGCUUUUACACUUGACUGUACGAGAGUGUUAAAAGGUACUUUUUUCAGCUUGAGGGGAUUCAAGUUCAAACUAGAGGUAUUAAGCAACUUCUAUGUUCAUUCUUUGACAGCAAACUAACCAGAUCUACUGUAGUGUUAUAGUAAACAAAACUAGGUAUUUAAAAUAAAUUCCACAUAUGGUGAAAUAUUUCAGGAAAAGUAUUACAUCCACAACACAUGGAAAAGUGAUAUAGUGUAUCAUGCUAUCAUUUUUUUCAGCAACUUUGUUGAAAGUCUUAAGUAAGCUGUGACAAAAGUGAAUACAAUAACAUUUCAGAAGAAUGUUGAAGCUUUCAUUAACUCGAAGGCCAGCAUUUAAAGACCGUGCUUUGUGGUUUUCACUGCACAAACUACAUGAAAAGAAUUCUUGGUAUGCCUGCUCUGAGUUAGUAAAUUAGGAACUGGGAAAGAAACUUGUUCUAAAAUGCAGAUGUAAUUAUAACUCUGGGUUUUAUUCAUUAAACGGAAAGAAUUUAUCAGCAUGCAGUAUAGUAGGUUUUUAAUAUGAAUAGCUACUGUGCGUUCUAUAGAUUUUUCUUUCAGCUGAAUGAGGCCUAGAUCAUUGAAGACACUUUGGCGUCUGAUUUGUCAGCUUUCCCCAUUGACUUCUGCUGGGGCAUGGAUGCUUAAAUAUCUUAUAGUGUCUGUACUCAAUUACUUAAUGGCAAUAAGAGUAAAGUAUGAUAUUAUUCUUGUUUUCCCUCUCUGUAUUAUUUACAUACAACCAACAGAUUUACACAUGAUGAACAAGUUAAUCUGCCUAAUCCAUAGUUUCAAAAGCUAUGGUGGAUUUUCUUCAAUAGCAAGUGUAAAUCUUACUUUAUUCUAUUUCCUAGAGAAGGCACUGGUGAUUUUACUGUUUUAUUAGAGCAGCGAUAAAUAGUAGGAUAUCUUAAAAUAUUUGGCACUGUAUUCAUUGUGAUCUCCUUGAAACCAGUAAUAAAAUUUCCAUUGACUUCAGCCUGGAACAAAACUAGGUUAGCACAGAGAGUGUUAAAAGCAGCACUUCAAACUUGUGCAUUUUACAUUGUUUCUCCCAAAUGGAGCCUUUAAAAUAAAUUUUAAUUUAUAGGAUUUCAGGUGUUAAGAAAUAAAUGAAACUUUUACCGUUGCACUGAAUGAACUAGAUAGCUUCAAGCAAUGUUAAAUUUCUAACAGCUGAAUGUGGAUGUAGGUAAGAAAUCUGCAAAUGCCUUUCCCCUUUCCCCUCUCUGUAGAAUUGGAAUCAUGGAAAGUUGGCUUAUGAAUAAAUAGCUAUACAGUUUUUCUGAAAACGUGGCAAAUUCGCCAAAAUAUUUUUCUAUGGCUUAAGCCCACUUUUUAAUAACUAUUUAUCUAUUAUUGUUAAAAUAAAAGCUUUAUCUUCUUAUUUUCACUGAAUUGCACUUUGCCUUGGGUUUAGUUUUAUUUAUUGAAGCUUUUUUGAUUUUACUGUGUAAUAUUACCUCAGAAUUCGAAAAAAGGCUAUUGUAUUUGCAUCAGUUUUUAAAUAAGAUUGUCAUUCAAUGACAUUUUAUAUAUUUCCUGAUGUUGAUAAAUUAAAUAGUAAAUUUUGUAUUUGUUAAAUGAAAGCAUUGCACUGUAUUUAUGAAGUAAGCCUCUGAUCAUUUUAAAGCUUUUCCUCAAUGAUGUUUUGUUGUUCUUUUGUCUUGCCCUGUAAUCCAGCAAAUCUUUUUUUAUUUCCAUCAUUGUUUUGUACUGUACAAAAGAAAUCUGGUUUGUAUAAACUUGUUCCUUACUAAGUAUCUAUUUUUAUGUAUUAAAAUUGUGUAGUCAUUAAAUCAAAUAUUUCAA